GCUGAAUACAGUGUAAUGACACUUUUUCCAUUAAUAUGUUUAUGAACAACUGAAAAAAGCACAAAUGUCAGGGCAUGUCAAAACUUCUCCAGGGUCCCAAAAAUCCUCAGACCCCUGAGGGUUAAUAAGAUUUUAGGCUGGUGUCCUCCAUGAUUCCUGUUCCUUCUGACAACAAAGCACUUGAGCUCGUAAUCACAAAGUGGGAAGUAGGAAAUUUCCGAUAGCACGUGCAUAAAUUACUGCAUGAAAUGUUCCUUCACCUGGGGUCAAAAGCGGAGUUUAAAGCACUGAUCAGCACAGUGAGAAACAAAUAAAACACCAAAAACUUUUUAUGUUGAUUUUAAUAGUCAUUCAUUAAGGCAGGACGCUCUCACCGAAUCUCUUGUUUUGCUAGAGCUCUGCACAGGAAGCAGUGGGCGACAUGGAGAAAGCCUGUUCUGAUCUGACGGACUCCAUCAAGGCUCAAUGCAGUGAGAUGAUCCAUCUGAUCAGAGCUCAGGAGGAGACGGCCGUGAGUCAGGCUGAGAAGGUUCAGGAGCAGCUGCAGCAGGAGCUUUCUGAGCUUCAACAGAGAGACGCAAACAUUCAGAUGCUUCUGAGUUCUGAAGACGACUUCCUGAUCCUCCAGAGCUUUAGAUCUCUCUCAAAUCCUCAAAAGUGUGAAAAUUCACCCAUUAAUAUGAGUUGUGACGGCUUAUUUGGACAAGUGAGGAAAUCAAUCUCUGACAGAAAAGACAAAAUGAUGGAUUUACUUGAAGAGAAUCGCAUACUCUUGUCUGAGGAAGUUCAGAAAGUUCAGGUUUUCUAGCUUCUUCACUCCAAGAACCGAGAAGAAUUUUUCCUUUUUUCUUUUUAAAGUCUUGAAGUAUUAUGUGAAAAAUCGAAGGGUUUUCCAUAACAACCUGUUUUACGUUAAGAUAUCAACCAUACAUUGGUGUUUUAUUUUCUUAUUAUUUUAAAGAUUUCAUUUAUAAUCAUUUGCCAUUUAUGUAGUUGUCAUUGAUUUAUCAUUUUUCAUAUUGUCAUUUGAUUUACAUCAUUUAUCCAUUAAUCAUUUUACUAUCAUUAUUAUGUUUUUAUAUUACUUAUAAUUUCCUUUCUAUUGCUGUGAAAUCUUAUGAUUGUGUGGUCUAAAGAGAUGUUUGUCUCCAUUUCAAGGUUUUAAUCGAUGUUGUGAAGCAGUAAUUUUCCAUUGAAUUGCAUUGAAUCAUACGCAACAAACUUUUAUUCAAUAAACUCUGCUCUUUUAUUAUCAUCAAUUUGUCUCCUGCUUCUGCUGAGAUUUGAAUUUAAAGUAGCAUUUAUGUAUUUGGUGAAAAUCUGUGUCCUUCUACAGUGUGCAGUUCUGAAUAUUGUUCACUCAAACAGACACCAGUUAUACUGACAUUAAAAAAAAAAAAAGUUAUAUGAACAUUUAAAUAAGGUGUAUCUAAUCAGUUUAAUGUAUAUCUGCAUCAUGGUGAGCAGGAUCUGAUUGCAGAUAGUGGUUUCAUAGAGAAAUAGCAAAAGUAUACAUAAGUCCAAAACUGAAGAAGAACUGAACAACAUCCAUAGAAAGGACAAUAAACUGGGGCUACACAAGACUGAAGAGACACAACUGAUCAACAAAGGGACUAACAUGGCAGAGGAAACCAGAGAACCGGGAACAAUGCAAACUAAAGGAUUGUCCCGCCCCCUCCACUGAUGUUGCUUAGCAACCAGUGCAAACACACACGCCACUCAUGGCUUCCCGGGAACUGGACGCAGAGUUGGGCAGAUCAUCGCUGGAGGACAGAGUGUCUCUGUUCGGCCGGCUGAUGGAGAAACACAGGACUGGCAGGAAGAAGUUCCUGUUACACCGGCUCAUCGUGGUCGGCCGUCUCUCCGGUGGACUCGCGGACCGGACGACGGUGGGAGUUCACUUCGAGAGGCUGAACGUCAGUGUUCAGAGGAGCCGUCCGGGAGAAGAGGUCACCGGCGUCCUGCUGCUCUACCCUGAACACGCGCUGAACGUCAUCGAGUGUUCCACUGAAGCUCUGCUGUCUGUUCUGCAAGACCUGCGACACAUGGAGGAAAACCUGCACAGUGGCCUGAUCCUGGAGCCCAGAAUCCUGCUGGUGUCCCACGACCUUCACAGCAGACUCUUCCAGCAGUGGAACUACAAGCUGCUGAGCGAGUCUGACGGCCGCCGUACCGUCGUCUCUGAGGACCAGAGCUCAGAGGAACUAGUGAGAGAGACUCUCCGUCAGGUCCUGCGGCUCGGGCGUCACCUCUUCAACGCAGCUGAACAGAUGACGGGAUCUAAAGUGAUUCCAGAUGAAGUUCUGAAGGACGCAGCAGAUGUGAUUCCUCCUCAGGCCGCAGUGUGUCGUCUGGUCCAGAUGGAGGCGCUGUUGAGCCCCGCGCGCUACUUGAGCACAUAUCAUUCACCUCUUCAUCAGCUGCUGGACUCUGGACAUGUUUUCGGGAGUUUUCGUCCCACCUCAGUGUAGGUUUGGAUUUAGGGGAGGUACGACAUCAUGUUUUACCCUCUCAGUGCAUGCAAUCAUGUGACCAUAUAGACUGCAUGUGUGCAUGAGAUUGAACCGCCGGAGGAACGACGGAUGUUAUUCCCACUUCAACCCAAAGAACACAAAGCACUUCUCAGAGGUUUCUCCUCAGAAAAAGACCCCAGUAAUCAGCAGCUAACAAAAAUAUCUUCAGAGAAUGUAAUGAACACGUUAUUUCUGAAUGUUCUCUGAACGUUAAAAAUGUUUAUAGCUUAUAAUCAUUUUACAGCCUGACAACUAUUGACCGAUCGGGUCCGUUUUAGGAGAAACAUCUGAGACAAAGUUAAACACACCCGAGGACUCGUUCAGCUCCAGCUCCAAACUCUGAUAGUUUUAUCAUGACUCUGAUUCUUGUUUAUUCUCAUUCUUUUCUUUAAAACUCUCAUCUGACCUCCAACUAACUCCAUGAAUGUUCCCAUCAACGCACGACUACAUGUUCUCAUUUCGUCUAGAUAACUAAUGCACAUUUCAAUGCAUAUGUCAAUCAUUUUUGUCACUUUUGUGUAUUUUGACAGAAUCUGUGUGGCCUGCAGUGGAACAUCUUCAGAUCGUUUGAACAACUUUAUUAAUAAAUACACAUUUUUUUUUCACA